UACCGUGUGCAUUGAAGGUGUUUGGAUGGUAGCAAGCACAGCUGGGAUGAAUGAGCCGGCUUUCCCCGCCUCAUCUCUGCCCGACCCCUACCACAACAGCUACCCUGUCCCCAGACGGGCUGACGGAACAAGGACCCAUGUGGCCCUAAGGUCCCCCGGGGAAAGGGCGGGUUCUCCGGGGAUUUUAGGAGCAAAACCAGAAGAAAAUCAGGCGCAAGAGGCUCCCGCCGGGCUGGUCUCUCCGCAGCAUGACGCCGCGGAGAAUCGCCGAGGAGCCCGGUAGCCUCCCCUCUGCACGGCCCCGGAAGGUGGAUAGCGCAAUGGGAGGAUGUUCGCAGGCUGAGCUCCGCAGCUAGGAAACAUGAGACGGCUUCGGGAUUCAUGUUCCGGGGCCUGGCCGUGCCUGCCGCUUGCACAAUCCGAGUCAUCUGGACAUCCAAGCUGCAAGUUUCCCACUUACCAGAGUCUGCUGCAGCUGAAGAACCAGGCAGACUGCAGCCGACCACCAGCCCCCCCAACCAUGAACACCGUAGUCUUUAACAAAUUCAACAGCCAGGUGCUUUUUGAGGAAAACGCCAAAGAAAGGGAAAGUAACAGCCGGCCUUACCUGGGGGUCAUUGACAGCCCACACCACCCCGAAGUGCACAUUCCCGACAGCCCUUCAAUUAAAGACAACCUCAGUCUUCGGAACAGGCGGACAGGGGCCCGGCAGAGCGGCGGGAAGGUGCGGCACAAGCGGCAGGCGCUGCAGGACAUGGCCCGGCCGCUCAAGCAGUGGCUGUACAAGCACCGCGACAACCCCUACCCCACCAAGACCGAGAAGAUCCUGCUGGCCCUCGGCUCCCAGAUGACCCUGGUGCAGGUAUCAAACUGGUUUGCCAAUGCAAGACGUCGCCUAAAGAAUACAGUCCGGCAACCAGAUCUCAGCUGGGCUUUACGAAUAAAGUUGUACAACAAAUACGUUCAAGGAAAUGCUGAAAGACUUAGUGUAAGCAGUGAUGAUUCGUGUUCUGAAGAUGGGGAAAAUCCUCCAAGAAACCAUAUCAAUGAAGGGGGAUAUAACAAACCAGUUCACCACACUGUGAUUAAAACUGAAAAUUCGGUGAUAAAAACAGGAGUGAGACCAGAGACAAGUGCCAAUGAGGAUUAUGUGUCACCUCCCAAAUACAAAAGCAGCUUAUUGAAUCGUUACCUAAAUGACUCAUUGAGACAUGUCAUGGCUACUAAUGCAGCCAUGAUGGAAAAAACGAGACAAAGGAAUCAUUCUGGUUCAUUUAGUUCCAACGAAUUUGAGGAGGAAUUGGUGUCCCCAUCAUCAUCGGAGACUGAAGGCAAUUUUGUCUACCGGACAGAAACUUUGGAAAAUGGACCCAACAAGUGUGAAAGCGCAGCUAACAGAAAAGGAACAAGCAAAGAUGAAACAUACUGGAAGGAGAUCAAUGCAGCGAUGGCCCUAACAAACCUUGCCCAAGGAAAAGAUAAACUGCAGGGAACUACCAGCUGCAUCAUUCAAAAAUCAUCACAUAUAUCAGAAAUAAAGACUGUUAAAGUGCCAUUAGUUCAGCAAUUUUGAGAAAUUGUUACAUUUUUUGGUCAAAUGGACAUUCCUCACAGCAUUGGUUUUCAGUAAAAUCCUAUCCACAGGUAUGAAGCAAAUAUUGAAAAUAGAUCCUUUUUACACUAUGGUCAGUUAAAAAAUUAAAAUGCACUCUCAGACCCAGACUUUUUCAUUGUAUUAAAUAAAAUGUUCAAUUGCUUCUAUAAAAGGCAUGUAAAUUAUAAAAUAAAGUCCAUUUUUAUCAAAAUAUUAACUUAUUUUAUGUUAAUCAAAGUGCGCAUAAAAUGUCUGCAUUGCUAUAACAAUAAGUGCCUUGCUUUCAAAAAAUAAGCUAUAACGUGGGCAUAGUACAACACAGUUAUGCCUCAAAAUGACAAUGCCAUUAACCUUAAUCUUUGUAUAUUAUUUCAAGUGAGCCUA